AUGGUUCGCGAAACCAAGUUCUACGAUGUCCUCGGCGUCGCGCCGUCAGCUACCGAGCAGGAGCUGAAGAAGGCCUACAAGGUCAAUGCUCUCAAGUACCAUCCUGACAAGAAUGCGCAUAACCCCGCAGCCGAGGAGAAGUUCAAGGAGAUCUCACAUGCAUAUGAGAUCCUUUCCGACUCCAACAAGCGACAGGUGUACGAUCAAUAUGGCGAGGCUGGCCUCGAGGGCGGUGCCGGCGGCGGCGGCAUGGCUGCCGAGGACCUCUUCGCCCAGUUCUUCGGCGGCGGUGGCGGUUUCGGCGGCGGCCUCGGCGGUAUGUUUGGUGGCAUGCAGAACCGCGGCCCCCCGAAGGCCAGGACCAUUCACCACACCCACAAAGUCUCCCUCGAGGACAUCUACCGUGGCAAGAUCUCCAAGCUUGCCCUGCAGCGCUCCAUCAUCUGCCCCCGCUGCGAGGGCCGUGGUGGUAAGGAGGGUGCUGUUCGCCGCUGCCCCGGCUGUGACGGUCACGGCAUGAAGACCAUGAUGCGCCAGAUGGGCCCUAUGAUCCAGCGUUUCCAGACUGCCUGCCCCGACUGCAACGGAGAGGGAGAGAUCAUCAAAGACAAGGACCGCUGCAAGCAGUGCAACGGCAAGAAGACCAUCGUCGACCGGAAGGUCCUCCACGUCCACGUCGACAAGGGCGUUAAGAGCGGUACCCGCGUCGAGUUCCGCGGAGAGGGUGACCAGGCCCCUGGCAUCCAGGCUGGUGAUGUUGUCUUUGAGAUCGAGCAGAAGCCCCACCCGCGCUUCACCCGCAAGGAUGACGACCUCCUCUACCAGUGCGAGAUCGAGCUCGUCACCGCGCUGGCCGGUGGCACCAUCUACGUCGAGCACCUCGACGACCGGUGGCUCAGCAUCGACAUCCUGCCCGGCGAGGCGAUUGCGCCGAACGCUGUCAAGAUGGUCCGAGGCCAAGGUAUGCCCUCCUACCGCCACCACGACCAUGGCAACCUGUACAUUCAAUUCAACGUCAAGUUCCCCGAGAAGGGCUGGACCCAGGAUGCCGAGGCUUUCGAGUCGCUGCGCAAGAUUCUCCCCGGCCCGUCCGUGCUGAGCGUCCCGCCUGCGGAGGCUAUGACCGAGCCGGCCGAUCUCGAGGACGCCGAGGGCGCGGCCGGUGCCCAGGCGUUCAACGGCAACGCUAUGGACGAGGACGACGAGGACGGCCACCCGCAAGCCGAGCGUGUCCAGUGCGCGUCGCAGUAA